AAGAGGAAGCACUGCUGCCGAAACACUACGUCGGCUCCCGUUUAUAAUAAACACAUUACGGAUUAUUAUAUGGAUUUAUAAAUGCACAUUUCAAAGGAAACAUUUGACGGAUUGUACCGCGUACUAGGAAGUGUUAUCUAAGAAGUGAGUGGAAUUUAUAAGUUUUCUCCAGUAAGGAUCUGGAUUGAUGUCUUCAUGCAACUAUUUUGGAAAGACACGAAGGGCAUCUUAACGAAGACUCCAAUUAAAACUAGUUACGGUGACAUCCCGUUCUCGCCGGGCACAGUAGGUGUUGCGGCUUCUUUCGGCUCCACCAGGGAUAUGUUUCAGGGGUUCUCCGGAGACCCCGACACCGGCUCCCGUGGAAGCUCAUCUCCUUCUCUUGAAUCUCAGUACCUCUCGUCCGUGGAAUCCUUCGGAAGUCCCCCCACCACCAGCGCACCACAAGAGUGUGUUUCCACCACUGGUGGGGUAGGUGUGGGUGGACUUUCAACUGGCACAGGGGCAGGGGUGGACAUGCCCAGCUCAUUUGUGCCCACAGUGACGGCCAUCACCACCAGCCAGGAUCUGCAGUGGAUGGUGCAGCCUACUCUCAUCUCAUCUGUGGCACCAGGGCAAAGCGCCACGGGCUCCAGCACCAUGACGCAGCCUGUUGCCUUGGAUCCUUAUGACCUGCCUGGCACAAGUUUUUCUACUGCUGGUGGCUUCACCCCUCCGAGCUCUGAUGCGCCUGGUCCAGUGCGUCAGUCGCGUAGCCGUCGCCGCCCACGCGAUGAAACGUUGACCCCUGAGGAGGCGGAGAGAAGAAGAGUUAGACGAGAGAGAAAUAAACUGGCUGCCGCUAAGUGUAGAAACCGACGGCGUGAGCUCACAGACAGGUUACAGUCGGAGACAGACAUUUUGGAGGAGGAGAAGGCCGAGCUAGAGGCGGAAAUAUCUGAGCUGCAAAAGGAGAAAGAACGCCUGGAGUUCGUCCUGGUUGCGCACCAGCCCGGCUGCAAAAUUCCCUAUCAGGACCAGCAGCCAGCGCAGAUGCAGCAGACCUCCCCACAGGCGCCUUCCGUUUCUGUGGUGGGCUUGACUGUGAACGAGGACUCUUUCUACCUGCCGCCCGCCUACUCGUCCCACCACCACGUCCCGGUUUCACAGCCCACGACACAGCCGGUCCCAGCACAGCAGCAAGGAAUGAUGCAGGAGGUAGCCUUUUCUAGUUCUUUCUAUGGCCAGGGCCAGCCGGCGCCGGACGGCCCGUGCCUUAUUGCCGACGGUGGCGGUAACGUUGACGCCGGCAGCUACAUCCCCUCAUACACAUCUUCAUUUGUGUUCACCUACCCAGAGGGAGCCUGCGGGGCCAGCGCUACAAUGCGAACCAGCAGCAGCGAUCAGUCCUCUGAUUCCCUGAACUCACCCUCGCUUCUUGCACUUUGAAAGCUUUGCAUCUCUGCCUCUGCUUGCCUGUCGAAAAAAAAACACAAGCACGUACAGAUUCAAACGUUUGGCAUUAAGUAAUUGUAGGGCAGAUAAACUGGGAUCUCAGACAUCGACCUCUUACGUUAAGGCCUCGUUAAAUAAAAGCCCAGAUGUCUUAGCAUCUAAGUGACUUCAUCAAGGUGAUGUAAGUGUAUAUUAAUUCACAAUGAAUUCAGGCUUAAUAUCAAGAUGAGUCACUAGCCAAUGCAGACACGUUUAAAUUCUCAUGGAUGUUUAAAUCCACCAGAGUGUGCUGCACAUGAUAAUAAUAAAAGUACAUUAGCUCUCUCCCUCUUGCUUCUAUCUCUUCUUGCUCUGGCAUACAUUGGUGUACCAUCUCCCUCGUGCUCGCUCUAUCCAUGCCAGUGUUUUUGUCUAAGUGGAAAAAUGGGGCAAAGAACUGCUGUGGCUUUUGUGGGUUUCGUUAAUUUUUUUGGUCCAGAUUGACUUGCUUUUUUCCCCAUCCAGCUCAUCCACACCUUUUCUGACUUCUCCUAUGAAACGGGGACGUUACCGCACACUCUCUAGCUACUUGUCUAUUUCUUUUUACUCCCUCCGUUGUCCACAUCUGUUUCUCCUCUCUCCUGUCUCUAUGUACCUCUGGUUCUCUCCGAAGUCUUCAGCCCCUGAGAGCCCGUUGGACCCUGAAAUCCCAUGGAACCUUGAGUGAGUGCCAGCCCACCCCAACACUGCAAACUCCCCUCGCACGGACCGGCCUGCUUCAUUGCGCGGUGGAACCUCAGAGCCUUUCACAAUGGGCAGACAUUUUAAAUCAUCCAAACAAACCAGACACAGCACAUUAAUCAAACGACCGUUUCAGAGGCUAUAAAGGCCAAAGGGUCGGGACUCUUUAUUCCUCCUUAGCGCUGAGGAUUUAUUUGGAUGAGUGAAGAAACACUGGGUAGAUUUUGGCAAGGCCAGCAGAGGAGCUUCAACAGGCAGGUGCUAAGAGAGCCAUUGGAAUCUGGAGGGAUGAGAUCCAAUAAUCUGGAUUGGAAUUAUUCAUGUGGUCUGUUCGGCGGUUUAGCUCCACACGUCACCUCCUGCUGGUCCUUAUAUUUCUCAGAGCUUUGACGUAAUUUUAUGCCCUUUCCUGUUUACUGUGUGAAUUAGAAGGGUUUGUGUCAUUCUGUGUUUCAAUGAUAGUAUUAACUCUCAUGAGUCCAUACAAAGGUGGCUUUUAAUGUGAGUUACACCAAUAGUGUCAAUCAGUGUCUGAGUUUGAAAAGCAUUAUAAUGAAAAUGAAAGACCAACAAAAAACAACAACAACAAAGACAACCUCUUGGUUAUGGAUGAGUGGCCUCUGUGCUUCUAAAAGUCCUCGCCGUUGUUCUUGAGUUGUGGAUCUGGUUUAGCACAGCUCCAGUCGUUGAUGUGAAUGGAAGUCACAGAGGACUGCAUCUCCAGUUUAUUUCUUUCUUUAAGGGGGUUGUUAAAGCCUAAACAAAGUAAAGCACAAAAGCCAGCUAUAGUCGGAAGGAAGGAAGGAAAACAACGGUGGCAAAAGGAUGCAAUGUGCUUAUGAAUAUGAACCGUCUACUUUUCUGUGAAUGUUGAUGAUUUUUGAUGUUUUAAGUUACAGAUUUGUCAUUAUGCUCUUCUGUUUUGCUCUUGAUUGUGCCGUUGCUGCCAAAUGGAAGAAUUUUGUGGGGCUCUUAGCUGCUCCUGCUCUCUGUUACUGUUGUCUUACUGCAGUUAUCACAAAUAUUGUUAUUAUGGUUAUUAUUAUCAUAGUUAGCUCAUGUUGGCAACUGAAAAGGCAUGUUGUGCUUUAUGCUCUAUGUCAAAUAUAUAAAAACAUAUAUUAUGUAUGCAUAUAUAUACAUAUUUAGUGUGUAUAUAUAUCUGCAAUGAUUGUAAUGUAAUGUAUGAAUGUUCAGAAAAUGAUAUUUUUGUCAAUGAAGACAGAAGGGAGAGCUUGAUGCACUUGGUUUUGGUUUAAACAUAGAUAUUUUUCUAAAAAGAACAAAAGAUAUAUAUUAUAAUAAACAAUAACAGCUCACCUUUCCCUUAAAAUGAAAAGCAUUGUCACUGCCUUUCAUUCACGAUGUGUAAUAUAUAUGAUGAUUUUAUUCAAACUGUGGUGCAUAUAGUGAUAUAUGUGUAUCACGGAUUUGUGGAAGCUAUCCACUGCUUUUUGCUGUGCUAGAUUUGUCGAUAUUAUUGGUCCCACAGCAUUUGUUCAUCAACCCCUGUGGACAAAACACACUGGACACAAACAUCUAUGAAUGCAUAAAGAAAAAAAUAAAUAUGCUAAAGAAAACACAA